CACGAGAUGAGAACAUGGCCACUUUCCGUGGCUCCGAAUACCUUUGCUAUGACCUGUCCCAGAACCCCAUCCAGAGCAGCAGCGAUGAGAUCACCCUCUCCUUCAAGACGUGGCAACGCAACGGGCUCAUCCUGCACACCGGCAAGUCGGCCGAUUACGUCAACCUGGCCCUGAAAGACGGUGCGGUCUCGUUGGUCAUUAACCUGGGGUCUGGGGCCUUCGAGGCCAUUGUGGAGCCAGUCAAUGGCAAGUUCAAUGACAACGCGUGGCACGACGUUAAGGUGACACGCAACCUGCGGCAGGUGACAAUCUCUGUGGAUGGCAUCCUUACCACCACGGGCUACACACAAGAGGACUACACCAUGCUGGGCUCGGAUGACUUCUUUUACGUGGGAGGGAGCCCCAGUACUGCCGAUUUACCUGGCUCUCCAGUGAGCAACAACUUCAUGGGCUGCCUCAAAGAGGUUGUUUAUAAGAAUAACGACAUUCGUCUGGAGCUGUCUCGCUUGGCACGAAUUGGUGAUACUAAGAUGAAGAUCUACGGGGAAGUUAAAUUCGUAUGUGAGAAUGUGGCUACGCUGGAUCCCAUCAGCUUUGAGACACCUGAGGCCUAUAUUAGUCUGCCUAAAUGGAAUACCAAAAGGAUGGGCUCCAUCUCGUUUGAUUUCCGAACCACUGAACCCAAUGGACUGAUCCUUUUCACCCACGGCAAGCCUCAAGAGAGGAAAGAUGUCAGGAGCCAGAAAAAUACAAAGGUAGACUUCUUUGCAGUUGAGCUUCUAGAUGGGAACCUCUACUUGCUGCUGGACAUGGGCUCUGGGACCAUUAAAGUCAAGGCUACCCAGAAGAAGGCCAAUGAUGGAGAGUGGUAUCAUGUGGAUAUUCAACGAGAUGGAAGAUCAGGUACUAUAUCGGUGAACAGCAGACGCACCCCAUUCACCGCUAGCGGGGAGAGCGAGAUCCUAGAUCUUGAAGGCGACAUGUACCUGGGUGGGCUGCCUGAGAACCGGGCAGGACUCAUCCUUCCCACAGAGCUCUGGACAGCAAUGCUGAACUACGGCUACGUCGGCUGUAUCCGAGACUUGUUCAUCGAUGGACGAAGCAAGAACAUCCGGCAGCUGGCGGAGGCACAGAACGCAGCGGGGGUGAAGUCCUCCUGCUCCCGCCUCAGCACCAAGCAGUGCGACAGCUACCCGUGCAAGAACAACGCGGUCUGCAAGGACGGCUGGAACCGCUUCAUCUGUGACUGCACCGGCACCGGCUACUGGGGCAGGACCUGUGAGCGAGGUAAGCGGAGUUUCCUGACCUCAGUUACACAGAGCUCAAGGUGUGCAGAACUAGAACAACAUCCAGUGUUUCUAUGA